AUAUUGCAGUCACUAUCUCUGCACUCGUUCGACAGGACGGCUCUGAUUUCUACACAGGUCUGAGCUGAAAUGGCUCGGCUUUACUCUCUCAGUCGACGGAAUAUUACACUCGUUCUGUUCUCCGUCAUGAUUUUUUAGUCUUUACAACUUCGAUGUGAUUUGUGACUUCUUUGCCAACUUGAUCCUAACCUGCCUGGCAUAUCCUCAAAUCCCACCGCUGACGGUAAUCUUGACAUGGAAAUAUAUGGGGACUUGGUGUCUGACGGGAGACACAUCCAGUGUUCAUAAGCAGCAAGAGGAGAAGGAAGAUGCCUCGGAAGGAAAUAUAUGGCUGAAGACCGAUUGUGUAGUUGAGGCGCAGAAACAAGCUAUCUUCGAAAACAUCAGUUUAAAUGAUGGCUUCAUGCACUGGGGCAAAGACACGCAUGAAACCCGAAUAGUGAAACACGUCGCUGGUAGGUGCGUUGCAACUGCCUAUGAACGUAUGACUGACAAUAUUGCCUAUCGCAACCCCUGUAGGAUAAUAAUGUGCAAUGGCACAGUUUUCAUUGUGACGGAUUCUCCUAUCGUUGAGCUCCAUUGCAUCUGCUGCUGAUAACUUGCACGAAGCUCCGCUUCCAGGAGAAUAGGACAUGCUGUCGGAGCAAGCCAGAGACAUACUUGGUUCAUAUGGAGGAUUG